AUGAGUGAAACUGGUAUGCUCGACGUGGGUGCCCAUUGCACUUACUGCCGACAAAUAGACUUUCUUCCGUUCCAUUGCGGGCGCUGUGGGGGUGAUUUCUGCGGCCCUCAUCGCUCGCCCAACGAGCAUGGAUGUGGAGGCACCUCAGACAACGAGGACGUCAAAGAGACCAAGCAAGAGCCUCGGACUGCACAGGCUGAUUCCUUCCAAUCGCUGCUGCCUGAGAAGGCUCACGUUCGCGUGAAGCAAGUACGUACACAGGCGUCGAGCGAGCCUACAGUCCGUGCAACACUCGAGGCCCAUGGCCACUCCAGCGCGCUGGCGAAACUCAAGCGGUUCUUCGCCAAAGCAACGACGCCGGCGCCAUCGGGCCGCGGCGCCAAGUCCGGCCCCGCCAACCGUCUGGUCGCGCUCGCUAAACUGCGACAAAGCGCUCGCGGCGAUCCGCGCGUGCCCGCAGCCAACCGGGUAUAUGUCUACUGCUACGUGGUAGACGAGCACGCUGAGAAGGAGGUGCGCCAUGAACUUUUUAUAAACAAGCUGUGGCCCGUGGGUCGUGCACUGGACUACAUAGCGACGCAGCUGGACGUGACCAACAAGAAUACCUCGGUGUCCGCAGGGGCCCAGGAUCGACUGGUGUUGUUUCGCCGCGGCGGUGACAGCGAGCUUGACAGGCUGGAUAGCGGGACCCGGGUGGCCACUGCGAUUCACGACUCGGAUACCUUGUACCUGGUCCGAGGCGACGCCAAGUCGAUGUGA